AUGCCAGCCAAAUGGGAUCUCGACGACCAGAUUAUCUUUAUUAUUUUGAAAAUUUACAUUGAAGCUCCCAAGCACCAGCAGAAGUUGUCUUGGUAUUCCAGCGCCGUCGAGACCUCAUAUGCCAGGAACCAGGGGGCCCCUGCUGCAGCUGAAGCCGAGGUCACACCCACAACCCCUGCCGACCAGGAACCCGACGAGGCGGACGACCCCACCUUCCGGGCGCUAGAGCAGGAGGCCAACGCCGCCACAGACAAUGCUGACGAAGGCUUGAGGGAUGGCGGCGUUAUCACCGGGGCGGGACCGUUUGCUACUCCUGCUGCUCUCCAGGACUGCGACGUCCCCAGCUACAUCCGCGAACGCCUCAUCAGGGAAUGGGUCCAAGCCGACAAGCCGACAACAUACCUACACAAUGGCCAAACACAGUGA